AUGCCGGAACAGCUCGACGACAUCUGUGCUACUGGCGGAUGGAACCCGACGUCUUUCGGCUGGACGCAUCACGUGAACCUUCGUUCGAUUAUGGAUUGUUUCGACAAACAGCAGUCUCAGCCUCCUGCUGAAGAGGAGUCAACCACUAGGACAUCUCGUGCUGGCUCGCACAUUCGUCGGGUAGGAUUCACCUCCUCUCAUCAAAAUCCGGUCUCCGACAGCUUCUUGCCUACUAGACCCAAACCACGGCAGGGACGGGUUGGCCACCCACAAGCAACCACGAAAAAUGCAAACAGGCCCGUAGAUAAGGACUUCCCAGGAAGCUUCAACAGCACCAGCGGCAUCGAUCUCGAUAGAUCACACCGUGACUCGUCCGAGGAGAUCCCCUUGCCAGCCACUCUAAAGCGAUCAGUUUUCGAAGCAGACCGUUAUUCCUCCGAAGAGGCCCCCACGUCGGCCGCUAUCCAACAAUCAGCUCCCAUCGAUUUGACCGGGGCCGACGGAACCGCUCCUCUGAUUGUGAAGAGGAAGAGGAAGAGACUAAAAGAGCUCAGCGUCGUAGCCAUCGAAGAACCCCGACCGAGGACCGAAUUCGAACGGCGUCUCGCCCUCAAGCGCGCGGCCAUCAGGUUGUCUCAGGUCAAGGCUCAGGAGUAUGCGGCUAUGGAUCGGUUGGUGUCCAGUCGAGCUCGAUUACAGCGUAUGUUCGGCAUUUUUGCGGAAGAUCAGCCGAUGAGCCGGCAGAUCAUGUCAAGUCAUCGUCACCCUCAAAAUCUACUUGAUGUGGGAUUACGUACCUCUCCCGCUCUUGGCCCCGAGCGACCUUUUCUACUCGACCUUACGUUUUCUGACGUGACCAACACGGUCAGCUGCUAG